AUGGAUGAGCUUGGUGCUGAUGAGACGCUGGUGGAUUGUAUGGUUCGUGGGGGUGUUCAGACGGUUGUUUGGGCCGGUGGAUCUGUCUCGCAAUCAUCCAUUGAUGCAGUCUCGAGCCGUCUGCGACUAUUUACGUGUCUAGGAUCUACGGAGACGGGCAUGUGGCCUUCUAUUCGUCGUCUGAAUGGAGGAGGGAAUACGCAUAAAGACUUGACCUCGUUGUGCUUCCACACACAGGCGAAUAUCGAGUUCCGCCGUCAAACGGAUGACUUGUACUCUGCUGUUUUCGUGAGAAACUCAGACCCGGGAGAGAUACAGUCUAUUUUCUGUGUAUUUCCUGAACUGGACGAGUUCGAUACUAAGGAUUUAUUCCGACUUGUUUCUGGAUCGGGAGAGGAGCGGGUUUGGACUCACCAUGGCCGGAGUGAUGAUCUGCAGUGUUUUCGUUCGGGAGGGAAAUGGCACCCUGUUACGACGGAGCGUCGGAUUCUCGCUGAGCAUUCAAGCCUGAUUCAGGAGGUUCUGAUUAUUGGGACGGGCCUUGCUACGUCGGUGGUUUUACUGGAGCCUACUGCUAAACUUCGUCUCCAGCUUAAUGAAAGUCGGGGAGAGAGAGGAACAGCAAAUCAUGAAACCGUGGGCGGGGAAUUUCUUGAUCAGAUUUGGUUGACCAUGGAGAGGAUCAACGAGGAGCUUCCUGUUUAUGCUCGAGUGGAACGAAGCCGGAUUAUUUUCACGGAUGCGGCGAGACCAAUGCUUAGGACUGGAAAGGGGAAUGUACAACGGAGGCAAACUGUCAAGGAAUAUGAAAAAGAGAUUCAGAUGGUGUCGAUGGGCGAGACCCAGAAAGAGUCUUCCUAA